AUGAUUCUUGUUCAGGUUAGACUCAUUUCGCAUUGUUCAUUUGCAUUACGUUUGAACCCAGAUGAUGAGAAACAUCAACUUCAAUCUCUUGCGGAGGAGAUAAAGUACCUAAGAGGGUUUCUCAAGAUUACGGAGAAGAAACGCAACGAGCAUUCAGAAGUGAUGAAUUUGGCGAUGAGGAUCAGAGACGUGAUAUCCGUGGCAGAGAAUGAGGUAGAACAGUGGGUAGUUAUUGGUUUCAAGGCUAAUCACGCCUCUGAUUCUCUUCGUGAACUUGGCGGCCUCAUAAUCACUGGCCAAUAUGCUAUUCUCCACCGCUUUUCUCCGUUCAUAGUUCAAUAUUUUUGUCUCCUAGGCGUAGAGGAACCACAAUACCAUCCCCAGAAUUUUUUGCCAUGUAAGCAUCAUCGUUCCCUUCACCUUGGAUGUGUCAAAAAGAAGAUUAAGACUCUUACGGUUGAGGUGAAGCAUAUUCUCGACGAGAAUCUAUAUGACAUCAAUGAAGUAGCAGUCAAAAAACUCAAGCAAUCUUCUACCGGAAGUGGAGGAGGGAGCAACCCCUCCAAAGUGGUAGAAGAGAAGGUGGUGGUCGGUUUCAAGGAAGACGUAAAGACAUUAAUGGGAAAGCUUCAUGACAAUGGACAGGGUGGACAGCUAGAGAUUAUAUCAAUCACCGGCGCAGCUGGAGGCGGCAAAACCACUUUGGCCAAAGAAGUGUAUGAUCAACGUUUGACGUUGGAAAGCUUUGAAAUUCAUGCAUGGGUUGUUGUUUCUCAAGAUUACGAUAAGAUUAUGAAGAAGCAUUUGUUAAUUUGUAUUUUGAAAUCAGCUUUCCCAGAAAAUCAAGAAGAUUACGAGAAGGGUAACGAGGAUACGUUGGGAGAAAAGCUACACAAAUACUUGAGGGGUAAGAAAUACCUUAUUGUCAUGGAUGACAUAUGGGGCAUUGAAGCCUGGAAUGAUAUCCAAAGAUCAUUCCCAAGGGAGCGCAAGGGGAGUAAAGUCGUGUUCACUAGUCGACUACCCAUUCAAUCUGAUAGCAUCUACUGCAUCCCUCAUCGUUUGGCUCCCUUACCAAAAUGUUGCAGUUGGGAAUUGCUAGAAAAGAAGGUAUUUGGGAAGAAACAAUGCCCGCCAGAGUUGAUGGACAUCGGUAAGCAAAUUGCAGAAAAAUGUAAAGGACUACCACUUACGAUUGUCACAAUAGCUGGCAUUUUGGCAACGGAAGACAAGACACCCGAUGUGUGGGAGGACAUUGCCAAACAUUUAAGUUCAACCAUUGCCAAAAACCAGGAGGGCUGCAUGAAGAUACUAGAACUUAGUUAUAAUCAUCUGCCCUUUCAUUUAAAAGCGUGUUUUCUUUAUAUUGGAGCACACCCUGAAGAUUAUGAAAUCCCCGUACGCGAGCUGAUAUGGUUAUGGAUUGCAGAGGGAUUUAUCCCCCAAAGUGCUGGGAGGGAAAGCUUGGAGGCCAUAGCAGAAGAUUACUUAAACUGUCUUGUUGAUAGAAGUCUCGUUAUGGUAGCUUGGAAAAGUAGAUCCCAUGGAGGAAUUAAAGCAUGCCGUAUCCAUGAUCUUCUACGUGAAUUAUGCUUGAAAAAAGCUAAGGAGGAUAAUUUUUUUGCGAAAAUUUACGAGGGAGAUUUUUCACUUUGUACUCCAAAUAAGCACCGUCGCCUCUUCAUUGGCAGCCCCCAGUUAAUUCAUAAGUUUCCCCCAAUAUCUCCCCCUCGAAACCUUCGAUCUUUUCUGUGCUUCUACUUGGCAAAUAACAUCAAUCAUCCAUCUACCGCUCGUAUUAAUCUGUCAUACUUUGUUGAAAACUUUGAACUUCUCAGGGUAUUACAUUUGAGCCCCGUUGGAUGCCUACAAGAAGUAGGAAUAGGAAAUCUAGUUCAUUUGAGAUACUUAGGACUUAGUUUACCACACGAACCACCUAAAUGUGCACCUUAUGUUUUUUACUACCUCUCGAACCUUGAAACCUUUAACCUCCAUGAAUCCCCGUCCAUAAUUCCGUUGCCUUGCGAUAUAGUUAAGAUGGUUAAGUUGAGGCAUCUAUAUACUAAAAGGGGGAGAUUCAAAUAUCAUCAUGUUUCUAAUGAUGAAGAAGAGGGGAAUAUAUUGGAUAGCUUACAGACCUUGCACCGAAUGUGCAUGUGUGGGCGUUGCCUACGUUUCUUGGAAAGGACUCCCAAUCUUAGGAAGCUAGGACUUAUUAUUGAUGGGGAUGAGGAUGAUGUUUUGAUGCUCCCUGACCUAGAGUUCUUAAAAUGCCUUGAGAUACUCCAUGUCACUGGAUAUCAUGACAGGGAGCACGUGGUAAGAACUGGGCUGAAGCUUCCUCGAACUCUUAAGCGGCUAACUUUGGCACGUACGUACUUGAAGUGGGAGGAGCUAUCAAUAAUCCUCCAAACCCAGCCGAGCCUUGAGGUUCUCAAAUUGUUAGAGGACGCCUGUAGUGGACGAGUUUGGAACACAAGUGAACUUGAGGAGGGGUUCUCUCAACUCAAGUACUUGAGGCUUGACAAUCUGAAUAUCGAGGAGUGGAUUGCUACCGAAGAUCAAUUUCCAAGACUUGAGGUCUUAGUGGUUCGACAUUGCAGAAAACUGAAGGGAAUCCCGAUUGAUUUUGCUAAUCUGUACAACCUUCGUGAAAUUAAUGUGAUGUGGUCCAGUCGAUCUGCGGAGGAAUCAGCCAGAGAGAUUCAGGAAAAGCAAAGAAAUACAAAAGGAGAUGAUAAUUGCCUAAAUCUCCUUACAAGAAGGAAUGUAUGGUGAUUGAGGUAAUUCAUUACUUUCUGGACAGUAAGGCAUACCCAAUGCUGGAAAGAUGUGCUUCAUUUCUAAUGUACUGGUUGAUACAAGGCAAAGGAGGAUUCCUUGAAAGUUGAAACCAACCCAUCAACCUCUCAAGAACAUACUUUUAUUGCACCUGAUUGGAAGCCUGCAAAUGUGAGUUACUCAUCGACCAUGGACCUGUCAAUCAUCAGAGAAGUUUUCUCCGAAGUUGUUUCUGCGGCUGAGGCAUUGGGUAAAAGUGGCGAUGAUCUGGUUGAAAGAGUCUGUAAAGCUCAACCUCGACUUUAUCCAACAAAGAUUUCUCGGGAUGGUUCCAUUAUGGAAUGGGCCCAAGAUUUUGAGGACCCCGAGGUGCAUCAAUCGGCAUGUUUUACACCUAUUUGGCCUUUUUCCGGGGCACCCAAUCGCUGUUAAGAGAACUCCUGACCUCUGUAGAGCUGCAGACUUACCCUGUACAAAAGAGGUCGUGUCUUAGAAAAUUGAAGGAGAGGAGGGUCUAGGAUGUUCAACGACAUGGAAAACUUCUUUGUGGGCACGUCUUCGGAACAGUGAACAUGCAUACACGGUGGUGAAGCAUUUGUUUAACUUGGUGGAUCCUGCUCUUGAAGGUGAUUAGAGCUUUUAAAAGAUCAAUGGACACCUAAGAUGCCUAAUCCCUUUGUUGCUUCUUCAGGUGUUCCAUCGAUAUUUCAAGGUGAUGUUUCAGUGUCUAGUCAUAUUGAUGCUGGAGCAAAUUGUGGAGAGUUCUUUUGGUAAGGGCUCUUCAUUUUUUCCGACUGAUAUUGUUCCCCGCAACUUGGCCAUUAACUUACCUCAUAACAGGGAUCAAACACAGCGAGAUGAGAUGGUUUGGGGGCACUCGAAAGAUUGUAGUGAGCACUAGUUUUCAUUUCCCAAACCAAAUGGAUUUCAGGUAGAUAUAUAAUCAUGGAAGGUGUCGCAAAGGUGCUGUGAUAACUGAUGGAGCUUCGGAUAUAAAGGAUUCGCAUUCUGGCAUUGGAUGGGUUCUAACGGAGGAGGCUACUGGAGCAACAAGGCAGACGUACCCUCACUUCUUCGGCCUUUUACUCCGAAUGUCUGGCUUGCUUGGAUGCGAUGAUAUGGUGUUUCGAUCACAAUUUUGUCAUAUCACAGUUGCGCUACGGAUUGGAUGGAAAAAAGGCUAUGGAAUGGCAAGAGCAAUCGGUGAUUCAUGAAUUAUGUUGUUUGUUUGAUGCUAUUUCUUUCGUAAGGUUAAUCGUGUUGUAGUGCAGCAAGCUCAUUAAUAGGGUAGGAUAUAAGAGAUCUCUAAUCUCUCCUGCAACUGUAUUUGUUUAAUUUUAUACUUGCAUUGUCCGUUUCUCAAGAAAAAAAAAAGCUUAAAAUUUUUA